AUGAAAUCAUUCACUUUAAUCUCAUCAUUGGCCUUACUUUCGCUUGCUAACGCUCAAGUUUCAAACUCUACUGGUGGUGGUGCCGUCGGUGGCUCAAACUCUACCACUGGUGGAGGUGCUGGUUCUUCAAACGGUACUGGUGGUGCCGGUGGUGUUGGUGGUUCUAAUGGUACUGGUGGUGCUGGUGGUUCAAACGGUUCCGGUGGUGCUGGAGGUGACUCUUCAUCAGUCUCAACUGCAGGUGCUAACCAAUUUGGUGCUUCAAGUGUCGCUUUUGCUGGUGUUGUUGGUGCUGCUGCCGCUUUAUUGUUGUAA